AUGGCUAGGAAGGGUGUGCACUGGAAAUUGCUCAGUUUGCUUCCGAUUACAGCGUACCCUGUCUCGAGAGAAUUCAGACGUCGAAGCACCGUUGGAUUCCUGGCUGUAGCGGCGAAUAUCCUCACGCAGGGUCAAAAUAAGACGUACACCUCCGUAUUGCUGACAAGAUACGUCAACAAUUCUACGGUAUCUUGUACCGCCCGCAGUAUCAACAUCGGGGACUCUCUAUACUCCCAUGGGUCAGGCGUGUUCAAGUGGGGCGUCACCGGUAUCAAGACACCCUCAGGAGACGGGACGGGUUUCGGGUAUAAUGGUGCAUUGCUGCAGGCAAACGCCACGAUGGUAUCCAUGCUGUAUUCUUUCGCCGGCCAGUCAUACAAUUAUGAAGUCUGCGCGAACGUUAGCGUCCCGACGCUAGGCGCUAUUUCCGUAAGCAACUCGACGAAGGGUUCGAAGACCGUCAGCAGAGAGCCCACCAUCAUUUCCAUGUGCUCCACCUUUGAUCCAACCAGGGACUACCAGUCGACAUCCGGCAAGGCUACGCAGAAUCUGAUCCAGAAUAAGGCAUUCGGCAUCGCUGCUUACUUGCAGGACCUCAAUUUUGCCAAUGGCAGCUUCCCCAACGUGCUCUUCCCUCCCUACGGCAUGUCCGGCGCCACUCCGCCGAGCGACACAUCGAUCACGCCUGCGAAGACAUACGAUCUCUCCAUGUGGCUGGAUGGAUUUCUAUACCUGCCGGACAACUCUACCUUUGACAGCAAUGUCAAUAACGGGUUCGGCCGCACCCACUCAAUUGCGCUGGCUGACCAGCCGGACCACAUCAUUGACAUCCAGACUCUAUUCGAGGAGACAAUGCCGCAGAAUGUGUCAGGUCUAGUACUGAACCUCAAUGGAAUUGGCGGUGUGCGGUUGCAAACCGCAAAGCUAAACUCUGCGCUUGGGUUCACGGAGCCGAGCACAAUCACGCAGAUGCGGAAUUACACGCUAAACACGCUGAAUCUUAUCCUCGACUUGGCGUCGAAUGAUUUGCAAAACCGGGAGGUGAUGAGCUCGUACCUGUGCACUGUGACGAGCAUGGAAUGGAAGACGCCGCUAAGCAUGAUUGCUAUGCUGCUGGGUAAUAACGCUGCUCUGUUCGGCUUCAUUCUCGGCCUGCUCGUCGCGGGGGCGCAGAUGUUCGAGGAGCAUCACCACGGUCCCGACGAGGACAAGGUGCCCAUCUUGGGCGAAGGGAGGACAUCAGUGUACUACAAGGACGCUGAAGGAGGCGCCUCGACAUACUAUAAGGAGCCCGCUUUCUACCCGAUGAGCCCUUAUCAAGGGUAUGCUCCGGCAAAGCACCCGGAGUACUCGACCCAACUGGAAGACCAAAUGCCGAUGCUACCUCGUGUCGGGCCCGGGCGUCGCUGACAGGUCAGGGUGAUUUUGCAGUGGGUGGCAGGUCAGCACUUGAAGUAUUCUGAUUGCAUGUCGUAAAACAUGAUUCUUUGGUGAGACUCGGGACCGAAUGUUGCUGUAUAUACAGAGUUACAUUGUAGGGCACGGAGAUUAGAGGUCUCGGGAUUCAAGGUCGCGCGGCGCAAUCAUGAGAUGACAACGUGUUAUACUAAUGUCGGCGGGGAAUGCGG